GGCGGCUCGUGGCACAGCACACGGGCUGCAUGCUCUCAACCUCUUACCGUCGCCUCCGUCUAUCUGCGCACCUCAAUAACGACGGCGACAUUCUACAGAUAUCCACUCUCUAUAUUUUCCUUGAUUGAGCACUUUUGUAGGCCCUCGCCAUGAGUGGCUCCAUUUCUAUUGCGGUCGGCAUCGUCGUAGGCCUAAUUGCAUCGUGUGUGCAAUCCCUCGGGAUGACUGUUCAACGAAAGAGCCAUCUUCUGAACCAAGCUCUUCCGGAGGAGUUACAGAAAGCUGAUUAUAGGCGGCCACUCUGGCUUCUUGGUUUUGCUAUAUUCUUCUUCUCUAAUAUCCUUGGGUCUAUCUUUCAAAUUGCCUCCCUUCCCGUCGUCAUUCUUGCACCCCUUGGUGCCGUCUCUCUCCUCUGGAACGCCUUCUUUGCACGUCUUCUUCUCGGCGAUGUGUUCUCUCCAUGGAUGCUCAUCGGCACAAUUCUCAUUGCUGGCGGCGCUGUCAUGAUCGGCUACUUUGGCAUAGUGCCUGAACCAAAUCAUUCCCUGGACGAUCUACUCGCUCUUUUCAACCGUCCAGCCUUCAUCGCAUACUUCUCCUUACUCGGACUCGCUGUUGUCAUAUGUCUAGUGAUUACUCACAUCGCCGAAUUUUCGUAUUAUCGCCACCUCCGCGCCCUCGCAAUUACCGCACCCCCAUCACCCCUCCUUGUCUCCACCUCUUCCAUGAAUGAGAUGACCACAGAACGGACGCCCCUAUUGGACCGCAAGCCACCGUCAUCAUCUGCUGCCUCCAUUAUAUCCGCCAAUGGGGUGAUCAUCCCCGCAUCGCGUACCCCUCUGUUCCUCUCUAUAUCCUACUCCUCCGCUUCCGGCCUCCUGUCCGGCAUGUGUCUCCUUUUCGCCAAAUCCGGCGUCGAAUUGCUUCUGCUCACUAUCGGAGGUGACAAUCAGUUCGUGCGUUGGCAGACUUGGAUGUUGUUGCUCGGGCUCGUCGCUUUUGCACUUUUGCAGUUAUGGUACCUCCACAAGGCUCUCAAACUAGCAAAUCCCACCAUCGUUUGUCCACUCGCAUUCUGUUUCUAUAAUUUAUCCUCGAUCGUCAACGGCCUGGUCUAUUUCGAUCAAGUCUCUCUCCUCCCAACCAGCCAUCUCCUUCUCGUCAUUCUCGGCAUCGCUAUCCUCCUCGGUGGUGUCUGGGUCGUCAGUUUCCAUGCAGGCCCCGGCGUUGACGUCGGUUCAUGGAACGAAGAAGAUGAGGAGGACGCGCUCGGACUCGACGUCGAGGGCGGAAGCCCGAUGGGAAUACUAGAUUCCCUCAUCGUCGAGGAGCCGCUCUCUGAUGACCUCGAAGACUUGCGGACACCGACAUAUGCGGAUAAUAUCACGGACUAUGGUACCGGUACAGAUGGCGCAGGUACAGGUACAGGCAGAGGUCGAGGAAAGCCACUCCGUCCACUCGCAAUCGACCGUCAAACAGCAUCCGAAUCCCAAGUCCAUCCUCCACACUCGCCAACUCAAUCCCCCACAUCUCCAACGACCGGCGGUACAGUUCCGUCGAGGAGCAUGCUCUCGCCCACAAGAUCGAGACGAAGAAGAACUUCCGUUAUGAGCCCCGGGACGGAGCACGGGACGUUAGCGCCCCCUCCUGCGCCUGGGUUCUCGAUUGGACUGUCGCCUGUGAGUCCGGGGUUCACGUUGAUGCCGAGGGAGAGGCGAAAGAGGGUGGUUAGCGGGAGUUCGGGGGGUAUGGGGACUGGAUUGGGGAUUUCGAGUACUAAUGGGGCGGGGACGAUAGGCGGUGGGUCGGAGUUUGUGCAUGGGAGGGGGAGAGUCGGGAGGGGUGAGGAGAGUGGACACGAGGGAGAGGCGCCGAGGAUGAGGAGGACGGUUAGUGAGGGGGAUGUGAAUGGGAGGGAGGCGGGUGAGGGUGAGGGGAGGGAUGGAGUUGAUGUUGAGCGGGGAGGGGAGGGAGGGGAGGGAGAGACGGAUGGGUUGUUGCAGGGAGAGCGAGGGCAGAGGAGAGGGAAGAAGGGGAUGUGGGGGUGGUUGAGGGGGGCUGUGCGUCGCGAGUGAGGCAGGGCGCAUCAUGUAUAGAUGUGUGGGCGUGUUAAUAGUGACUGGGCCGAUGGAUUGGAGUCGGCGAUGGUCAGGUUAGAUAGUAUCAUAGACCAUCGGACUCAUGUCUUGAGCGAGCAUACCACAAUCUCUUGUAUCUAUUCGACAGACAUAUACUAGCUGGC